AUGCCGAUCCUCCUUUUCCUCAUAGACACGUCCGCCUCCAUGAACCAGCGGGCGUAUCUAGGCACCAGCUACCUGGACAUAGCCAAGGGCGCCGUGGAGAUCUUCAUGAAGCUGCGGGCCCGCGACCCGGCCAGCCGCGGCGACAGGUACAUGCUGGUUACCUUCGACGAGCCGCCUUACUGCAUCAAGGCUGGGUGGAAGGAAAACCAUGCAACCUUUAUGAAUGAACUGAAAAACCUUCAGGCUUCAGGACUAACAACCCUUGGUCAGGCACUCAGGUCAUCAUUUGACUUGUUAAAUCUCAACAGAUUAGUGUCUGGAAUAGACAACUAUGGACAGGGAAGGAAUCCAUUCUUUUUGGAGCCAUCGAUUUUGAUUACCAUCACAGACGGAAACAAACUGACAAAUACGGCUGGAGUUCAAGAGGAGCUCCAUCUUCCUUUGAACUCUCCUUUGCCUGGAAGUGAACUAACCAAAGAACCAUUUCGUUGGGAUCAAAGGCUGUUUGCUCUAGUGCUGCGUUUGCCAGGAGCUGCAUCUGCUGAACCAGAGCAGCUUGGGAGUGUGCCUACUGAUGAAUCUGCCAUCACACAGAUGUGUGAGGUUACAGGAGGUCGUUCUUACUGCGUUCGGACACAGAGAAUGUUGAAUCAAUGUUUAGAAUCUCUAGUUCAAAAAGUCCAAAGUGGAGUUGUUAUUAACUUUGAAAAGUCAGGACCAGACCCAGCUCCUGUUGGAGAAGAUGGACUUGUUGACCCAUCCAGGCCCAUCAAUUCAUUUGCUUCUCAACCGUGGCAUAGUUGUCAUAAACUCAUUUAUGUGCGACCUAACCCUAAAACAGGGGUUCCUGUUGGGCACUGGCCCAUCCCAGAGUCUUUUUGGCCUGAUCAGAAUUCACCAACACUGCCUCCACGCACAGCUCACCCUGUUGUGAGGUUCUCCUGUGUUGAUUGUGAGCCAAUGGUAAUAGACAAGCUUCCUUUUGACAAAUAUGAGCUUGAGCCUUCACCCUUAACACAGUAUAUCCUGGAAAGAAAGUCUCCCCAUACCUGCUGGCAGGUAUUUGUGAGCAGCAGUGGCAAAUACAGCGAACUCGGCCAUCCGUUCGGGUAUUUAAAAGCAAGCACUACUUUAACCUGUGUAAACCUCUUUGUGAUGCCUUACAACUAUCCUGUUUUACUUCCCUUGUUAGAUGAUUUGUUUAAGGUUCACAAACUUAAGCCAAAUCUGAAGUGGCGACAGGCUUUUGACAACUACUUAAAAACAAUGCCUCCUUACUACUUACUGCCAUUAAAGAAAGCCCUAAGGAUGAUGGGAGCUCCAAAUCUGAUAUCAGAUAAUUUAGAUUGUGGACUUAGUUACAGUGUUAUCUCUUACCUUAAAAAACUCAGCCAACAGACAAAAAUAGAGUCGGAACGGAUAAUAGGUUCAGUGGGUAAGAAAGUUCCACAAGAAAUUGGAAUAAAAGUGAAAAAUCACUCCAGUGGCCUCUCCUUGGUACACAGUAGGGAUUUUAAGCAACUGCUGCAAGGGAUCACUGGGGAAUCUCCACUGAGGCUGGCGGAAAUGAAUGUUAAAGAAUUUGCUGGCUUCCACAUCGGACUUUUAAACAAGGAUCUGAAGCCACAGGCAUUCAGGAAUGCAUACGAUAUUCCUCGUCGCAGUCUUUUGGACCAGCUCACUAGAAUGAGAACCAACCUCCUGAAAACACAUAGGCUCAUCUUGGGGCAGGAUGAAGACUGCCUUCAUAGUGUUCCUGUUGCACAAAUGGGAAAUUACCAGGAAUACCUAAAAAUGAUGCCUUCACCCCUUCGGGAGAUUGACCCAGACCAACCAAAAAGACUUCAUACGUUUGGCAAUCCAUUUAAACAGGAUAAGAAGGGUAUGAUGAUAGAUGAAGCAGAUGAAUUUGUUGCUGGACCUCAGAAUAAGAUCAAGCGUCCUGGAGAGCUCAACACUCCAGCGUCUCUGAAGAGAAGGCGUAGCAUGUCCCCCCUGCUGAGACGGCCACAGUCACCUGUGGUCACCAACCAUGUUGGGGGGAAGGGGCCACCAUCUGCUGCUGGAUCCCCAUCAUAUCUGAACCUCAAAGGUGUCCCAGCAAAUAAAGAUACCAACAACAGUGUUGUCCAAGAUGGCAAUGGAGAGAAGAAAGCAGAAAACUGUCAGCCACUGGAAAAGCAAAUUGAUGGCUUACCUGUGCAGAUGGCUCCUUCAGUUCCAGCUGCUGUGGGAGAGGAUGAAACAUUACCCAAUGACUUAGACUCUCUACCUGUUGAAUUCAAUUGUUUAAGUGAGGAUGGCUUGGAUCAUAAACCUGCUACCAACGCAGUAACUCAAGGAGCUCUCAAUUACAGCGUGGCUGGAGAUGACCAAAAACGAGGGAUGGCGUCAGCUUCUGAGUCUGUGCCAAAUUCCUUUAAAAUAACACCCAUGAUGUUGGAGGGUAACAAUGCUGAUAUCAAAAUUAAAGUGAUGAAAGAGGUUCGCAAGCCUGGAAGAAACUAUGAAAAAAUUUUCUCUCUCCUUGAGGAGGUGCAAGGACCCAUGGAAAUUCGGAAGUAUUUCAUUGAAUUUGCUAUCAAGGAAGCAGCAAGGUUUAAAAAACGGGUCUUAAUACAACACUUAGAGAGAAUACUAGAGGAGCUAGAGUUCAGCAGCCUACCCAACAGAGUUAACCAUGUCAACAGCAGAUAAUAAUGUACCAGCCAGACAGAUAUGGACCAGGAAGGAGUUUGCUGUGCCACAGAAGAGUGGAAGAGGACGUGGCUGCUGCCCUCACCGUCUUGGCAGCCAAGUGAUUUUACUGUCACAGUCUGAGAAGAAGCAAUGGAGCUUUAACUUUAAGAACCUCUAUCGGCAGAAGCUGGGCUAUAACCUAAAGGAUUUGCUAUGAAAGGUGUGGCUUUUUUACCUGUGGAGGGUGCUAUUUGCUCAACAGGCUGAAGAGAGAAAGAGGAGAGAAAAAAAAA